UAGAUUAUAUCACAACAUCUUAAUUUUCUAUGUUCAUUGAAAUUAAAUAUCAAAAAGUUGUCUGUAAAAACGAUAAUGAUGCAGGGAGACAGCGAUUUAAUUCUAGAGAAAGAAGUCAGCAACAAUCGAUGGUCAAUUCGUCCUUGUCAACUUUAUAAAGAGGAAUAUAAGGACUGCAAGAGCAUAAAAGGAAGGUUCCAUCAAUAUUUUGUUCAUGGUGAUUCUUUAGAUUGCUCAAGUUGGGAGCAUGACUUUGAAAAUUGCUUGAAAUAUGAAAAAAAUGACGACUUGAAAGCUGCAAAGAAUGUCAUAGACAGUGAAGCUUCAAGACGAAAAGAAAGAAUGAAAGCUCAUUACGAGAACAAUAUAUGGACAAAGAGGGCCAAUCCACCUGAAGACUGGGCAAAACCACUUCCAGAUCAUUUAAAUCAGCAAUAUGAAAAUUCAUUUUUAGACUUGAAGUCAAAGGAAAUGAGAGGAAUUCCAAUAUCUCCAGAAGCUGCCACCAAUUCAUCACUCCAAUCAGCAUCAUUUUGUACUAUUAUGUAAACUAUUUAUAACCCUCUUAGUGUUAGCUGACAUAUUUAUAGUUCGAAGUUUACUUUUUGGAUUCAUGUUAAUUGUAGCGAAAACAAAUUGAAAUAAAAGAAUUUAUGUAAACAAAAUA